CCGUGCCUCUUCCGUGUAGGGCAUGAGAUGUGACUGGGAGGAUCAGGCUGUUCCCGGCCGGGCCUGGGGGAAUCGGAUGACUGAGACUGCUUUCCCUCCGGCUGCCUUUGUGGCUUGUCCCUCCUUCCCUCCCCUGGCCCCGCAGGGCAUGUCCCGCCCCAACAGCGUGAGCCCUCCGGGGUUUGGAGCCCCCACGGCGGUGGUGCCCAGAGGCGGGGGUGCAGAGCGGCACCGGUCUGCAUGGGGGGAAGCGGUGUCUCGGGCCAAUGGCUACUCCUACCCUCUUCCCACCAGGGCCUCCCUCAAGAAGUCUUCCCGUAUGGCCAGCCGGUGGCGGAGCCAGGAGGACUAUGAGCCGCCCGGCGGCAGGGGCCGGGGGGUAAGUGGCUGCAGGAUGACCAGCUUCAGGUCCAAGUCUGCCUGGCAGGACCACGGUGGGGACAAGAGCCAGUGCUCCCGCUGCGCCGGGGACCCCCCGCCGGCCACGAGCCCCAGGCGCUACGGCGGGGAGCAGGGGGAGGUGGGCCCGCGCUCUGUGGAGCUGGGCCUGGAGGAGAAGCGGAUCAGGGCCAAGAUCGAUGAGUUGGAGGAGGACGAAGAGCAACUGGACGAGGAAGGGCGCUCCGAGGCCGGCUUUUCCCUGAGCAGCUGCUGCGGCGGCCUGCUGGAGAUCUUCAGGUCCAAGAAGUUCCAGUCGGAGAAGCUGGAGCACCUCUACCAGCGGUAUUUCUUCCGUCUCAACCAAAGCAGCCUGACCAUGCUGAUGGCUUUGUUGGUCCUAGUGUGCCUGGUCAUGCUGCUCUUCCACACCGUUCACGGCCACUACCAAGUGCCCUAUGUGGUGGUGCUCUCCCUGGCCAUCCUGGUGAUGGUGGCCCUGGGAGCCGUCUGCAACCGGAACGAGUUCCACCAGGACCACAUGUGGCUCAUGUGCUACUCUGUCAUUUUGGUGGUGCUGGCCGUGCAAGUCGUGGGCUGCUUGCUGAUGCAGCCCAGGAGCGCCUCGGAGGGCAUCUGGUGGACCAUCUUUUUCAUCUACAGUAUCUACACCUUGCUGCCCGUCAGGAUGAGGGCUGCAGUCAUCAGUGGGGUGGUCUUGUCUGCCAUCCACCUGGCCAUUUCUCUUAAGGUUAAUGCAGAGGACAAGUUCUUACUGAAACAGCUGGUAUCCAACAUCCUCAUCUUCACCUGCACAAACAUCGUAGGAGUAUGUACACACUAUCCAGCUGAAGUGUCCCAAAGACAGGCGUUUCAGGAGACCAGGGAGUGCAUCCAAGCUCGGCUACAUUCUCAGAGAGAAAACCAGCAGCAGGAGCGCCUCCUGCUUUCUGUACUUCCUCGUCAUGUUGCUAUGGAGAUGAAAGCCGACAUUAAUGCCAAAAAAGAAGAUAUGAUGUUUCAUAAAAUUUACAUCCAGAAGCAUGACAAUGUCAGCAUUCUCUUUGCCGACAUUGAGGGUUUUACCAGCCUGGCCUCCCAGUGCACAGCUCAGGAGCUGGUGAUGACGCUGAAUGAGCUCUUUGCCAGAUUUGAUAAACUCGCAGCCGAGAAUCACUGUUUACGUAUCAAAAUCCUAGGUGACUGCUAUUACUGCGUGUCUGGGUUACCCGAAGCAAGAGCGGACCAUGCACACUGCUGUGUUGAAAUGGGAAUGGAUAUGAUAGAGGCCAUCUCAUUAGUGCGGGAAGUGACGGGCGUCAACGUGAAUAUGCGUGUUGGGAUCCACAGCGGGAGAGUUCAUUGUGGAGUCUUGGGCCUCAGGAAGUGGCAGUUUGACGUGUGGUCAAAUGAUGUUACGUUAGCCAAUCACAUGGAAGCAGGAGGCAAAGCGGGGCGGAUCCACAUAACAAAAGCUACAUUGAACUAUCUGAAUGGUGACUAUGAAGUGGAGCUUGGUUUUGGAGGGGAACGCAAUGCUUAUCUCAAGGAACAUAGCAUAGAGACCUUCCUCAUUGUACAAUGUAGCCAAAAAAGGAAAGAUGAAAAAGCUACGAUAGCCAAGAUGAACCGUCAACGUACUAAUUCCAUUGGCCACAAUCCUCCGCACUGGGGAGUGGAUCGCUCCUUUUAUAACCAUCUUGGUUCUAACCAAGUCUCCAAGGAGAUGAAAAGAAUGGGUUUUGAAGAUCCAAAAGACAAGAAUAUCCAGGAAAGCAUGAAUCCAGAAGAUGAGGUGGAUGAGUUUUUAGGCCGUGCUAUUGACGCCAGAAGCAUAGACCGGUUACGUUCUGAACAUGUUCGCAAAUUCCUCUUAACAUUCAGGGAGCUUGACUUGGAGAAGAAGUACUCCAAACAGGUGGAUGAUCGAUUUGGUGCAUAUGUGGCUUGUGCCUCCCUAGUCUUCCUCUUCAUCUGCUUUGUUCAAAUCACAAUUGUGCCACACUCCAUAUUUAUGCUGGGGUUUUACGUGACCAGUUUUGUGAUCCUGACCACACUGGUGUUUGUUUCAGUCAUUUACUCCUGUGUAAAGCCGAGCGAGGAAUCGAGAAGCGGCGGCGACAUGACAGUGAUCAGCACAGAGGAGAUGAAGAGAGGCAGUGACAUCCCAAGAAGGUCUUGGGCUUGGAGCAGGAGGCAGCCAAGCCAAGCGAAGCAUAGCUGCAAGAAAUACAGUUGCUUAGCGCCGCAGGAGAGCUGCAUGGUGGGCAUGAGUGUCCAAGCGAAGCAUCGCUGCAAGAAAUACAGUCACUCAGCGCCGCAGGAGAGCUGCAUGGCAGGCAUGAGUGUGGGCUAG